AUGGCUGGUGGCAAGGGAAAGUCUGGCGGAAAGACGUCCGGAGGCAAGGCUGCGGCCGAGGUCCCCAAGAAGCAGCAGAGCCACUCUGCUCGCGCUGGUCUCCAGUUCCCCUGCGGUCGUGUCAAGCGUUUUCUCAAGGCCAACACUCAAAACAAAAUGCGCGUCGGCGCCAAGGCUGCCGUCUAUGUCACCGCCGUUCUCGAGUACCUCACUGCCGAAGUCCUCGAGCUCGCAGGCAACGCCGCCAAGGAUCUCAAGGUCAAGCGUAUCACUCCCCGCCACCUGCAGCUCGCCAUCCGUGGUGACGAGGAGCUCGACACUCUGAUCCGUGCCACCAUCGCCUUUGGUGGUGUCCUGCCACACAUCAACCGCGCGCUCCUCCUCAAGGUGGAGCAGAAGAAGAAGGCCAAGGCGCUCGAGGCAUAA